CACAAUAGCAGCUAUUGAUGAGGGCUCGCCUUCUUUCUCUACUAAUAAAACACUGACUCUGAAAAUAUCUGAUGUCAAUGACAACGCCCCUGUGUUUCAGCGUCAGUCAUACACAGCAUAUGUGAUGGAAAAUAAUUCACCCGGAGUCUCUGUUUUAUCUGUUAAAGCGCAUGACAAAGACUCUGGCAAUAACGCGCGUAUUUCAUAUUUUCUAGAAGAUAUUCUCGUGAAUGGCGUCUCUGCCUCGACGUUUAUUUCAGUGAAUGCAGAGAGCGGAGAGAUUCUUGCUGUUCGUUCGUUUGAUUAUGAGCAAACAAAAUAAUUUAGUAUUCGCGUAAAGGCGCAGGACGGAGGAAAUCCUCCUCUCAGCAGCAACGUGAGCGUGAAAAUAAUGAUUCAGGACCAGAAUGACAACGCGCCUCAGGUUCUGUAUCCGGUCCAGUCAGGCGCUUCUGUGGUGGCUGAAAUAGUGCCUCGUUCUGCAGAUGUGGGUUAUCUGGUGACUAAAGUGGUGGCUGUUGAUGUGGACUCUGGACAGAAUGCCUGGCUCUCAUAUAAACUGCAGAAAGCCACAGACAGGGCGCUGUUUGAAGUGGGCUUACAGAAUGGAGAAAUAAGAACUGUGCGCCAAGUGACAGAUAAAGAUGCUGUGAAACAAAGACUCACUGUUGUAGUGGAGGACAACGGGCAGCCCUCUCGAUCAGCUACAGUCAAUGUUAACGUGGCGGUGGCGGACAGCUUCCCUGAAGUGCUCUCGGAGUUCACUGACUUUACGCACGACAAGGACUACAACGACAACCUGACUUUCUAUCUGGUCUUGGCCUUGGCUGUAGUUUCGUUUCUCUUUAUCGUGUCUAUCAUUGCCAUUCUGUCAGUCAAAUGCUACAGAUGGAGACGCGAGCGGAUGUUUUACAAAUCUGGAGCGAAUCUUCCAGUUAUUCCGUAUUACCCGCCUCUUUACGCAGACGUAGGGGGCACAGGAACUUUACAGCAGGUGUACAAUUAUGAGGUUUGCAGAACCACUGACUCCAGAAAGAGUGAUCUGAAAUACGGCAGACCUUGCAGUGAAAGCAUCAUUAGUCUGGACAGCAGUGGAACACAGACACUCACGCAUGCGCAAAGAGCAAAGCUGAAUAAUGAGGAUUCUUAUGAUCAGGUGAGCUGA